AUGAACUUUUGGGCGCAAAUUCAGGAUUCCGCUACCCUCGCUGGAAUAAAAGGGCAGUGGGGUGUGAGAUAUUUGCCUCCACUUCUAUCGCAGGACACCAGUCUAUUUCGAGACGGAUGGGGCACAUACUCUGCAAGAGUUGAUCAGCUGGAAUCUACGCCCUGUAAAGUCAAGCUGUUUCAAGAUGGUCGCUUAGUGUCGAAUAUCUUUGUGCCCGGGACUGAUCUCGAAAUGGGUAACGGUUUGCUGACCCCAGGUUAUUGUGUGCAUAUCACUGGCAGUGUAGAGGACGAUUACUCGGUGCCGAAUGUUAGUAUGUGGUUGAACAAUCAAGAGGUGCAUGAUCUUUCGGUUACCCGUCGCCUCGGGGCAGUGCGUAUUGCGCUCCCACUGCUUCGCAUUAAUUACAAAUACUGUGAAUACAGUCAAAUUUCACUCUUUGAUAUUUGGUUUACUUUGUUGGGAGCUAUGUAA